CUUUGUGUCAAUCUCACAGCAUGAAUCUGCACUUUGUAGUUUGUACCAUCACACUUUGACUUCGCUGCACGAUAAACAGGUGUUUAACAUUGAAGCGCCUCUAGCCCCCGCCCUAUCUUCAAUGGCGCUCGUGAUUUCAACCCCAACCUCCAUCGGUCUCCACAGACUCCCGCCAUUCCCCUAUCGAGCUCACCUACCCUCCCACUUCCUUAAACCCAUCAUCUGUCCACGAAUUAAACUUAAAAAUCCCACGUAUCUAAAGAUUAUAUGCUGCCAAACCGGCCCUAAUUCCACUGAUUCUUCCUCUGCCACAACGGAAAAACUUGAUGUACAGCCUGUACCUGAAAAUGAUGGUAAUGCUACUGAAAAGGCAGCUUCCUCCUCCGAUGAGGUGAAGGUUGAGGUUGAGGUUGGAUUUCCAGAGUAUCCAACCAAACGUGUUAACAAGCGGAUAGCAGUGGCUUCCAUUCUUGCAGCAGUUGGACUUUUCUUGGCUUCAAGAUUGGAUUUUGGCGUUUCAUUGAAGGACCUUUCUGCUUUGGCUUUACCUUAUGAAGAGGCACUUUCAAAUGGGAAGCCCACUGUUGUCGAGUUUUAUGCAGAUUGGUGUGAAGUAUGUCGGGAAUUAGCUCCCGACAUCUACAAAAUUAAGCAGCAGUAUAAGGAUCGCAUAAACUUUGUCAUGUUGAAUGUUGAUAACACAAAGUGGGAACAAGAGCUUGAUGAAUUUGGCGUUGAGGGCAUUCCUCAUUUUUCGUUUCUUGAUAACAACGGGAAUGAGGAGGGUAAUAUUGUAGGGCGGCUUCCAAGGCAAUACCUUCUGGAGAAUGUGGAUGCCCUUGCUCGCGGUGAAGCAUCUAUACCUCAUGCUCGUGUUGUUGGACAGUAUUCAAGUGCUGGAUCCAGGAAGGUACAUCAAGUGGCAGAUCCAAGAAGUCAUGGUUAAAGACCUGAAACUGUGAAUGAGAAACACUACAAAGUGUCGAUCAGCUCUCUCAGGGUUGAGAACUCUGUGUGAAGUCAGUCACAAUUUGAGAGGUUCUGUCUGCACAAUCUUGGUGAAUAAUAGUUUUGGUAUUCCUUCUAGACAUUUCCCUAUGAUUCAACAGCCACUGUGACAGGUAUAUAACAUAACCAUUCCUAUUUGUAUUGAUCGGCGGUAAGCCCUGGAUUCCCUUUCAAUAAAAUAGAUGUAAUUAUGUACAGGGGAAGAGGGAAUGGCAGAUCUAACAAGAAGGGUGCCUUAAUCUGUGCUGAUUGGCUACAGGUUCUAUAACUUUUGUCUUGUACACUGGAGUUAUCAUCAUAGAGUGACAGAAUAUAUAUAAAUGAGAACUGCUAUUCACAAUAAUUGCUUGUCAGUUAUUGAUAAAAUUGGGCAAAUGAGGAUGGUGAGUUGUAUUUGAGAGUUUU